UGUUGUGUGUGGUCAGACACACUCCUUACAGCUUCAAUGAGAAAGUAGUUUUAAGGCACUCUAAAAGAGAAUUUAGCCUUUCUCUGCUUGCUAUGGCUCACCGUCUGUUUGAAGGCAAAGCGCAUGCUGCCUCAUAUUGGAAGUACAGGAUUUCUCCAUCGGAUCACCUGAUUCAGCAUGUGCUUAAAUUUGUGGAAAAACAGAAAGGUGGGCCCUUGUUGCUGGCCGUGGAUGUGGGCUGUGGCUCGGGGCAAGGCACGGUGAUGCUUGCCAAACACUUUGCUUCCGUGGUGGGCACGGAUGUGAGCCCUGCCCAGCUGGAAGUGGCUUUGCAGUACACUCAAGAAUCAAACGUCACGUACAGACAAUGUGUGGCUGAGGAGCUUCCACUUGCUGACAGCUCGGUGGACCUGAUAACAGCCAUGUCGGCCUUCCACUGGUUUGACAGAACACGCUUUCUUCAGGAAGUCGACAGGGUCCUGAAGCCUCGUGGCUGCUUGGCUCUGCUCAACUACACCCUUGAAAUGGAACUGGACUACCCAGGCUGCUGCCUGCAGUCACUCAACCAAGUGUGCAAAGAGUUCUAUACAGCUUUGCAUCCGUACCGCAGUCCUCUCCUUGGAGCAAGUUCUAUUGAGUUGUACCGGGAGGCCUACAAUUCCAUCCCUUAUGCUGACAAAGAGUGGAAUGAGAGUGUGUGGGUGAAGAGGCCCAUGCCCCUGUGCAGCUACAUGGGAUUAGUGGAAUCUUUCUCCAGCUAUCAGGCUUUGCUGAGGGAAGACCACCAGAAGGCCGUCAGGCUCUCACAGGACAUCUGUCAAAGGUUGAUGUCCAUCAUGAAGGUGACCUCUGCAGAGACAGAAGUAGUGCUGGGUGUCAAUUAUUUCUACAUGCUGGCUAGCAAAAAUGACCCAGAUGAGAUGUAGAAAAGGAGCAAUGUAAAUGCAGUGUCCUGUACUGACAAUGUACAAUGUGCUGUGUUUUAGCGAUAUAAAGACAGAUGUCUUUUAGGAAUAGCUUGUUAUUUGGGCAAAUAAAU